AAUUGUGCUACAAUAGCACGUGCAGUAGUCAUGGUUCAAGACGCACAGAGGUUUAUCGUAACUCCAGCAGUCGGGUGAGGAUGACUUGGAAGCCUCUGCAAGAUCCUGGAACAGAAACUAUAUUAAAUAAUGUAUUCUGAGGUAUACUGGAUACCUGAGGAAGGGCUCUAAAUAAUGCAUUUUCUGGGCAUGACAGUUGUAGCAGAAGAGAAUGCUGAAACCUGUAGCAAGACUACAGCCUGAGAUGAGAGAAUGUCUCAUUACCAUUUUAUCAAAUGCUGCUGUUUCCAGCUAUGUAAUGUUUUUCGGUCCCAUGAGAUGGAAAUUGAGCAGUGCUUGCUGGAGUCCCUCCCUCUGGGCCAGCGGCAGCGGCUGGUGAAGCGGAUGCGCUGUGACCAAAUAAAGGCAUAUUAUGAACGAGAAAAAGCUUUCCAGAAACAGGAGGGCUAUGUGAAAAAACUGAAACAUGGAAAGAAUCAUCGAGUUCGUUUUAAUCUUGCUGAUAUGAUACAGGAUGCAAUCAUACGUCAUGAUGAUAAAGAAGUGCUACGGCUAUUGAAGGAUGGUGCUGACCCUCAUAUGCUUGUUUCCUCAGGAGGCUCGUUGCUCCAUCUGUGUGCCCGCUACGAUAAUGCAUUUGCUGCAGAAAUUCUAAUUGACAGAGGAGUAAAUGUAAAUCAUCAGGAUGAGGAUUUCUGGACAUCGAUGCAUGUAGCCUCUGCCUGUGAUAAUCCUGAUAUUGUCCUGCUACUGCUGCUAGCUGGAGCAAAUGUGCUGCUGCAAGAUGUUAAUGGAAACAUUGCACUUGAUUAUGCCAUAGAAGGGACUGAAUCUAGCAGCAUCCUUCUGAUGUACUUGGAAGAAAAUGGUGUAGAGCUGAAUUCAUUGCGCCAAAUGAAGAUACAGAGACCUAUGACAAUGCUCACAGAUGUCCGACAGCUCAUAUCAAGUGGAGGAAGCGUGAAUCAGAAGAAUGAUGAAGGAGUUACCCUGCUGCACGUGGCCUGCGCUAAUGGAUACAAGAAUGUUGCAUCUUUGAUACUGGAUCAUGGGGCUGAUCUCAAUGUAGUAGAUAAUCAGUACUGGACACCUCUACAUUUAGCUGCGAAGUAUGGACAGACCAACCUUGUGAAGCUGCUUUUGAUGCACUGGGCAAAUCCCAAUCUUCUUAACUGCAAUAAUGAAAAGCCUUCAGAUGUUGCAGCUUCUGAGUUUAUUGAGGAAAUGCUUCUGAAGGCUGAAAUUGUUUGGGAGGAAAAAAUGAAAGACCCUUUAGCUGUUUCUACUUUAUCUCAAGAAGAGCCAUACGAAGAGAUCAUCCAUGAUCUGCCCACAAUUUCUAAUAAACUCAAUCCCCUGGCUUUACCGAUUGCCAAGCAGGACAGUUUGCUGGAGAAAGACACCAUGUUUAAGGAUGCAGCUAAAGGCUUAUGUAAGCAGCAAUCUCAAGACAGUGCAUCUGAAAAUGUCACUGUGAACACUGCAACCAAACUUGAACAGAUCAAGCUAAUGCCUCCAGCUCCAAAUGAUGACCUGGCUUCUCUGAGCGAGCUAACAGACAGCAGCCUGCUUUAUGAGAUUCAGAAGCGUUUCAAUAAUAAUCAGAUAUAUACCUACAUUGGUGAUAUACUGUUGCUUGUUAACCCAUUUAAAGAACUUCCUAUUUAUUCUACCAUGGUCACCCAGCUUUAUUUAAGUAACUCUGGAAAAUUGUGUUCCUCACUUCCCCCACAUAUAUUUUCCUGUGCUGAAAGAGCUUACCACAUGCUAUUCCAGGAGCAGCGUCCCCAGUGCUUUAUCCUCAGUGGAGAAAGUGGUUCUGGGAAGACUGAAGCCUGCAAACAGAUAGUGAAGCACCUCGCCUGCAGAGCCAGCUCCAGCAGAAAUACCUUUGAUACAAAGAUAAAACAUGUAAACUGUAUCUUGGAGGCCUUUGGACAUGCUAAGACACCCUUGAAUGAUUUUUCCAGCUGUUAUAUAAAAUAUUUUGAGCUACAGUUUUGUGAGAAGAAAAAAACAUUAAUUGCAGCUAGGAUUUAUACAUACAUGUUGGAGAAGUCUCGUGUCAUUACGCAGCCUCUCAACCAGAGUAAUUUUCAUGUUUUUUACUUGAUGAUGGAUGGGCUGUCUGCUGAAGAAAAAUACACCCUGUACCUCAGUAAUUUGUCUGCACACAGGUAUCUAAGCCAGACUGUACUGGAAGAGGCAAUGUUAACAGCCAACCCUCAAAACAGAGAGAAAUUAGCAAUAUUGAAGCAAGCUCUAGCUGCUAUGGGAUUCAAUAGCCUGCUUUGGUACUGUGUAAUAGAAAAAUAUACUGUUGCCCUAUUUAUAUCUAUCUCAUACAGGGACAUGAUUGUACGGAGGCAUACUAUAGAGAUUGCAGAAUUUUACCGGGAUCUCUUGGCAAAAUCUCUAUAUGGUCGUUUAUUUAGCUUUUUAAUCAACACAAUCAACUGCUACGUUCAAAAUCAAGAUGAGACUGGCAGUGACCAGGUAUUUGAAAUUGGAGUACUAGAUAUUUUUGGAUUUGAAGAAUUUCAAAAGAAUACUUUCGAACAGCUGUGUGUCAACAUGACCAAUGAGAAGAUACACCAGUACAUCAAUGAAGUGCUUUUCCUACAAGAGCAAGCAGAAUGUGUACAAGAGGGAGUUACCAUGGAAACGGUGUAUUCUCCUGGUAACCAUACUGCAGCCUUGGAUUUUUUCUUUCAGAAACCAUCAGGCUUUUUGUCAAUGCUGGAUGAAGAAAGCCAAUCUAUUUGGUCAGUGGAACAGAGUUUUUCUAAACGCAUCCAGUCUUAUCUGGAUGCAUCAGACACAAAUACAGUAUAUUCCUCCACAAAAGAUGGAAAUGGUAACCUUGCCCCAAAGGAUCAGGGCUCCACCUUCACUGUUAUGCAUUAUGCUGGGAGGGUUACUUACGAAAUUGCUGGUGCAAUAGAAAAAAAUAAAGAUUCCCUUUCACAAAAUCUCAUAUUUGUAAUGAAAACCAGUGAAAAUGUAGUCAUCAAUCAAUUGUUCCAGUCCAAGCUGACACAAACUGGAUCACUUGUUCCUCCAUAUCAUUCCCUUAAAAUUAAAGGGUGUAAAGCAGCUUUGCUAAGUAAAAAAACAUCAGUAUCCUGUGCAAGUGGUGAAUCAAAGAAAUAUAUUGAGCUCAGCAAGCUGUUGAAAAAGAAAGGAACAUCCUCAUUUCUUCAGAGACUGGAACGAGGGGGCCCAACCACUGUGGCAAUACAGCUCAGGAAAUCACUCACAGAUAUUAUUGGGAAACUGCAGAACUGCACGCCACAUUCUGUCCAUUGUAUAAAGCCUAAUAACUCCAAGUUACCAGAUACAUUUGACAAUUUUUAUGUGUCUGCUCAACUGCAUUAUAUCGGUGUCCUAGACAUGGUCAAAAUCAUACGACAUGGAUAUCCAAUACGUCUCUCUUUCACAGACUUCUUGUCAAGGUAUAAAGAUUUGGCUGAUACAGCAGCAGGAGAGAAGAAGAAUUUGUCUGCCAAGGAACGAUGUCGUCUUGUUCUUCAGCAGUGUAAAUUACAAGGCUGGCAGAUAGGAGUCCGAAAAGUGUUUCUUAAGUACUGGCAAGCUGACCAUCUCAACGAUUUGUGCCUUCAGCUUCAGAAGAAAAUUAUAACCUGCCAAAAAGUUGUAAGAGGAUUUCUAGCUCGCCAGCGCUUGCUACAGAAGAUGAGCAUCAAACAGCAAGAGGUCACCUCAAUCAAAAGCUUCUUUCAGAACGCCGAGGAUAUGGGAUUGAAAAUAUAUGAUGCCUUGGUCAUUCAAAAUGCUUCUGACAUUGCUCGGGAAAAUGACCGGCUCCGCAAUGAGAUGAAUGCUGCUUAUCACAGGGAAAAGUUAGAGGCUAGAAACAGACCUGAAGAAGGCCACAAAAGAGCUGAAGACAAGGGUGGGAAGGUCUCUGAGGACAGCUUUGCCGGCUGUCGAACGCCUAAGCACUUUCAUUCCAGCUCUGUCCCUGUCCCCAUGGCAGUGGAUGGCUUGGUACAUUCUGCGGCUGGGUCAUCCAUCAGAUCUCCCUCCCUGCACUCUGUGUUCAGCAUGGAUGAUAGCAAUAGCCUGCCAUCACCAAGGAAACAGCCUCCUCCCAAACCAAAGAGGGACCCCAACACACGACUGAGCGCUUCGUACGAGGCUGUUAGUGCUUGCUUGUCGGCAGCUUCUAAGGAAACCGCUAAUGAAGUACUGACCCGUCCAAGGCCACACAGUGAUGAUUAUAGUACUAUGAAGAAAAUACCUCCCAGAAAACCAAAACGAAGUCCCAAUACGAAACUUAGUGGCUCUUACGAAGAAAUACCUGGCCAAAAGCCCAGGGAUGUGAAACAGGCAAGCACAGUAGCUAAACCAGGUGGUUAUGACACUGUGACAGUUCAGAAAGCAGCUGCUUCUGAUGGGCCACAACAUGGCAUGUUGAAUCUCUAUAUGUCACAAGAAGAAGAAGAAAAUGAGCCUGUCUAUAUUGAAAUGGUAGGGAACGCAAUGAAGAGCAAUUCUGCUGAAGCAGAAAGUCCAGAACAAGGAGAGUCUGUAUAUGAAGAAAUGAAGUAUUUUCUGCCAGAAGAAGGAAGCAAUGGUAAUGGAAUAAUUCCAGUAGUGACUGGAUCUCCUCCUCUAUUGUUUGAAAACAAAAAGAGUGUUAACAUUGAAGAUGGAAUAUUGGAUGGAAACAGUCAUGCAGCUUUGAUCUAUAAAGACCCAUGUGACAUUCCAGCCCCUUUCCCUAACUUGCUCCCCCACAGGCCACCACUUCUUGUAUUUCCUCCAACCCCUGUCACAUGUUCACCUGCUUCUGAUGAAUCUCCCCUAACACCACUAGAAGUCAAAAAGCUUCCUGUCUUGGAAACCAAUCUAAAAUACCCUGUGCAGUCAGAAGGCUCGAGUCCAUUAUCACCACAGUACUCCAAAAGCCAGAAAGGAGAGAAUGAAAGACCAGCAUCUCCAGGCUUGGUUGUGUUCAAUGUUUCCAGCAAAGUGACUCCUCCUUCCACACCACCUCCUCCUCUCCCACCACCUCCUCCUCCAGUACCACCUCCUAUUUCCUACCGGGCUUCUACACAUUUUGCAUUUCCUCCAGAGGCUUGUGCUAGUUUUCUGAUUAAUACAGGGAAAACAAGUACAAACUCAGAUCUGUCAAAAGUACCUCAGAGACCAAAUCCUGCCCAAAUUGGAUGCUCAUCUUCUCCAUUCUCCAAACUGCCUUACUCCCCAAAGGUGGCAAGAGCAGAUCACAGGAAAUCGAACUCAAAUUCAUCAUCUUCAUUUCCAUACAGUCCUACAAACUCAAGGUCGUUGACCAGUCCCCUUGAUGAGUUAACUAGCUUGUUCAACUCAGGACGGAGCGUGCUACGAAAAUCUGCAGCAGGACGUAAGAUCAGGGAGCCAGAAGGUGCUGAAACUAAUCUGAACUUGAGGAGCAGGGAAGAUCCAAGUGCAUCAGAUAUUGGAUCUGAAACCCAGGAUAAAAAUGCAAAUAACCAUGGAACUCAGUCAUCUAAUCCACUGUCCAGUUCUGUGACUGCUGAAAAUGGAAAUUCAGUAUCAAAUGGUUUACAGGAGGAAAAUGUAUAUUCAAGACUGUCGGUCAGCACUACGGCAGGCUCAUCGAUUCCAAGACAUAGGGAGAGCCACACUAGUCAGGUUAUUCAUCAGCUUAGACUUUCAGAGAAUGAGAGUGUGGCUCUGCAAGAGCUUCUAGAUUGGAGGAGAAAGCUGUGUGAAGAGCAAGAAGACUGGCAGCAAAUCUUGCACAACACUGAGCAAAGAACCACAGCCCCACCUCCACCCCCUUGUAAAAAGCCAACGCUGCUGAAGAAGGUAGAAGAUACCUCUUGCAACAGACUCUCUUCAGGCAUAUGGGAUUCCACCAUGUGAUUCCAAUGUGUGUGUCUGCAGACUGUAAGGAAUGAAACCAUGUAAUGACUUCAAUCUGCACAAUCAGCAAGUUUUCCUCCCUUCACAGAGCGUGCAGGGAUUUUUUAUAAGCACUCAUUCAAGAGCACAGGAUGGAGGAGCUAUUUAGAUCUGUUGUGUGUGCGUGUACGUCUAUGUGUUUGUUCUUUUCGUAUAUAUACACAUACACACAUAUGUGUGCACCUGUGAGUAUAUAUAUGUAUGCAUGUGUGUAUAUAUAUGGAGACAAACUGCACUAUAAGUACUUACUUUAAAAGUACAAGACAAGUUGCUUAGAGUUCUCCCAUGGACAAUGAAGAAACUAUGUUAAGCAAAUGAUGAUGGGGAGAAGUGACUGACAGGCAUUUUAGGGAGAUCAGGAAAGUCUGUGUGCACACUGUACAGAUGUUUUAUAUAGUACAAAAAUAUGAUGUUUCUUGUUCCCUAAUGAAUGGUUUUAUUAUAUUACAUGUAUACAUAUAUAUAUUUCUUUGUAGAUGUCUGUGUUCUAUUGGCGUUGCAAACCUGAAGAUUAUUUACAUGUUUAUUACUGGUGUUUUAUAACUUUAUGCAAUUGGUGCUGUCGUUCUUUCUUCAAAAUACAGGUAAUAAAUUCAGUACUCGCAUUUUUCUUUCAUAGCUUAUCUUUAACAACAUACCAAACAGUUUCAACACUGUGGUUUUUUUUCAGAACUGGUAAUAUCCUUUCUAAAAUCCAAUCCUGAAAUUCUUGCAAAGCUCCUAUAUACAGGUGUGAUUUGAUGCUGUUCACAGUCAUCAAUUAGAGAGCAUGACUUUUUGGUAGACCUAUGUAUCUGAAUGUGUGAACUGUGAAUUCUGCAGUUACAUCUCAAAUCUUAUUUCAUUCUGGGUUAUGUAAAAUAAUGAGGCACUCAUUUAGAUUAUAAGUAUGGUUUGAAACUCAUACCUGAUUAUGCAUAAGGUCAGGUGUCAGUGAAAAGAUACAUAAUGGUAAUGAGGUAUGAAAAUAGGGCUGUGAUUUACUGUUACAAGCCAGAAGGCUUUAUGGAGAUGGGUGUAUCAAAGGAUUAUGUCCUUAUGGGGGUACAGUGAUACAUUUAUACUUCAAAUUUCAUGUCAUGAAAUGGUUUCAGAAAUUGGAGCAUUCUAGUUGGCGAACAUGAGUUUUGACCAGUAAUGUUAAUUUAUGAAAAACAUGUUGCUGGAAACUUGUUAGCUACUGCUCAGCAGUCUUUGAAAUAUUGCUUUGCCACUAAAAGGUGUAUUUUAUAUAUAUACGCAGGUAUUUUGUCAGGGACCGCUUAUUUUAAAUUCUUGGAGUAUGUAGAGCCAGUGUGAAACACUUUUCUUGGCUGUUUGCCCCACUCCUAUUGGGAUCCAGGAAAAAGUGCUUGUAAUUUUGCAAGUGGAUAUAAAACUAAUAUUUUCAAAGGUAAGCUAGAUUUAAAAAAGUGAGCUCACCCUUAGUUGGAAGUUGUUGGGAAAGGAAAAAAAAAA